AUUAUUAAGCAAGAAAAAGGAAAAAACAAAAAUCAGGAAAUACAGAAAAGCGAAACCCUCGGUGGAAGAAGAGAGAAAAUUCGGCAGAUAAAAUCCAGAAGAGAAGGUCUUCCGGCAAGCAAUCAAAGAUGGUGGAAGUUAACAAAGCUGAGAUUCCAGCAAAGUAUGAUUUGAACGCGAAAUGGGAUGCCUGUCUCGAUUUAGGUCUUCGCCGCUUUGUGUACGCGUCAUUAUCCGGCGGCUUCGCCGGACUUCUUCUCUUUCGAAGUCCCGUGACACGCUGGGCUUCUGUAGCUUUCGGUGCUGGUGUGGGGAUUGGUUCUGCAUACACAGACUGCUCUCGUAAAUUUGGUGGCUCUCCAACAAAAUUGACUGACAUUUCUGAUUCUUCCCAUUCUAAGGCUGCAGAGGAAUGAAACCAUCAUUAUCUGGCAUGUUUUUGCUUUGCUUCCAUUUCCCUUUCAAUUGUCUUUUACUCGGAGAAUGUGUUCCCAGGAUUAUUUUGUCCUUUAUCGUUGAAAAAUAGUGAUUAAUUGCGAUAUUUUCAUGAAUGCUCACUCUUCUGUUGGAGGUAAUUCCAAUAAAUACCUGGUACUACAAAAUGGAGUUAUGCUAUAUAUUUUUUGAAUACUGAGCUGAGAGCUACAGUCGCAGUUGCUUUAUUUC